CUCUCCGCGAACUUCCCUCAGUUGGUCCGGAGCGCAGCGGAGCAGCAGGAGUUCGGUCCGGACGGUCCGGACGGGCGCAGAGGGGACACCAUGAAGCUCCUCCUGCUGCUGCUGGUGAUGAUGAUGAAGAUAUCUGGCAGCAGCAUGAUGAUGGAGACGAUCUCAGACCGAGGAACCAGAACCAGACGCUACGCCAUCAACCCCCUGGGACACAAGUGGACUCACCACAACAUCACAUACAGGAUCAUAAAGUUCCCCAACACCCUGAACAAGGAGGACACCCGGAAGGCCAUCAGCAUCGCCUUCACCAAGUGGAGCGACGUGUCGCCGCUGACCUUCACCGAGGUCACCAACGGCAGCGCCACCGCUGACAUCACCAUCGGUUUCUACAUCUUUAACCACACCGACUGCUGGUGGUCUCCUCUCCAUCCGUGCUUCGACGGCCUGAACGGAGAGCUGGCUCACGCCUUCCUGCCGCCUCGAGGAGAGAUCCACUUCGACAACCACGAGUUCUGGAUCCUCGGGAAGUCCCGGUUCAGCUGGAAACAAGGCGUCUGGCUGAACGACCUGGUCCAGGUGGCGGCUCAUGAGAUCGGUCACGCUUUGGGGCUGUGGCACUCCAGAGACCCGGACGCCCUUAUGCAUCCCAACGCCACGUACACCGGGCAGAGAAACAUCGCGCAGGACGACGUGUGGGGGAUCCAGAGGCUCUAUGGAUGCCAGGAUAAGAAGAGGGUCUGUGAUCCAUGGGCUCGACUCGGAUUCUGCGAACGAAGGAAGACCUUCAUGAGGAAGAACUGUCCGCAGCGCUGUGACCUCUGCUACGAGCCCCUGGAUGUGGUCGCCACGCCAACGUCGCCCCCAUCCAACGUGAAGAUCAAGAUGGUUCCUCGAGGGAAGGUGGUGGGUUUCCGCUGUGGCACCAAAAGCCUCCGUUCUCCCCCUAAAGUCAGCUGGUACAAAGACGGCGAGCAGAUCCUGACCUCCAUCCCUGGAUACAUCGUGAUGAAGGACAGAGACCUUCGCAUCGUUGCAAAUGAGUUCAACGAGGGCGUCUACACCUGCCGGAUCCACCGGCGUGGAGACAUCGUGUCCGCCAACUCCUGGGCCAUCCGGCUGAAACCAGAGCAGCCGUCCAACAGCUGAGAACGUCUUCAGGUGUCAACACAGGGACAGCGAGGAGACACGGAGGCAUAUGGGGCGUAGCAACCCGGAGGAAAAGUCUAUCAGUUUCUAGGGACACCACAUUCCCAAAGGACCCGUCUAAUGGCAGACAUUGACAGAGAAUCCUACAGACCCAACAGACUCAUGGAUCAGAACUUUACCUCAUCUCCUCAGGACUGGUACUGAAGUCAGGGACAUCAAUGAGUUGCAGAAUGCUCUGCCAGAGUCAGGUUCAAGUCAGGAGAGCUUGAACCAUCAAUCAGUGGUCUAACUGGAGUUUAAGAUUUUGUUCUGGUCUCUACAACCUACACAGACCUGUCUGAACACCGCAGACCCAUGAGUUGCUCUUUGACCUCUCUCCACAUCACUUGCACCUUCCAACAGUGUUACUACUUAUGAGAGCCGGACAUCAUUGUACCUGGGCCUCAAACAUGGCUCAACAGCCUCAGACUGGAUCACAUUGCCAGAACAAUAGAGGUUUCUGUUAUAUCAGCUUUAUCUGUGGACUUUUUCUGUGUCUCAACCAUCAGUUUCAACCUUGGUCUGGACAGGAAAUAGCAUCAUUGUCUUCACACCUGAUCUGGUAUUCUCUACUCGGUAUCAAUGACUCGGCUCUAACAGAACUGGCACAACGUCGAACUUUCAAACCCGAAGGUUAUCCAGGUCAGGCUGGGUCUCCAUCGGCACCAUGAGAAGAACCCUUCAGAGAACCUAGUUUGGGUUCCUAAUCCCACAGUCAGGCCGGAUAUUCAUUUCUGAUUUCAACUGGCGGUCCAUCUGAUUGGCUGAAUUUAUUUCUGUCAUACAGAGUAUUUUUACAGGGGUCUUUAAAGCUGCAGUAUGUAACUUUUAUAAACAAUAUUUGUAAAUAUUUAUUGAAAAUGUCAUCAUGUUGUGACAGUUUGCUAUGAAUCAGAUAGUCUGUGAAAAAAAAAAUUGAUUGACAGCGCUAAGCCCCGCCUCUUUUGCACUCAUCUUACACUAAGAAGGUGCUAAGACCCGCUCUGAUUGGUUGUUUCUGGUUAUGACUGGGAGAAAGCAGAGGAGCUCCAUGCCGUCUGGUGACAGUUUAAACAAAUAUGUAAAAAAACAUUUUUUAUAAAUGUUUUAUACUGCAGCUUUAAACUCCCACAGCCAACAUCUACCAGAUAACAAAAUUCUAGUUCCUAAUAUUGUGACGAUAGAAACUUUUUGAUAUGUAGAGCAGCUGCAAUAAACAUUGUUGGCUUCCA